AUGGCUUCGAUGGGCCAUAAAAAGCUUUCCGGGGCGCAAAAUCGUGCUAAGGCAAAGAAAAAAGAGGAUGAAGUUAACAAAAAUAAACGUACGCUAAGAGAUUUAGGGUUUUUUACUGAAACAGGUACAACCAGAUCGUCCACUUGCACAUCCAGCACUACCAGCAGUCAUGAGGAUCCCCUCGAACGGUCUAGAGAUCAGGUAUCGGAGGAAUCAAUUCAAGAUUCAGCUCAAUUAUUGCAGCCGGUUGCCUCGAAAGGCUCUGACGAAAGUUGUGAAAGUGAGGUCACGUUAGAUUCUGACAAUGAUGACAAAACUAUUUCUGACGCACUUCAAGCAGAGAGUGGUAUCCAGAUAGCAACUGAUCCGAUACAUUGGCCUCGUGAUUUGAAGCAAAGUGAUAGAGAUGAUAUCGUGAUGAAAGGCCCUCCAGCUCUUCCAACCAACUUUCCGCGAGAUAGCAAGAAGAGAGAAUUCCCGAAGAAUAUUCUUUUUCAGAAACUACCUAACGGCGAAAGCGUUCCAAGAGAUUUUUUGGUUUGGAGUUCCUCAUCAGCCGCACUUUUGUGCUUCCCUUGUUCGGUUUUCGGCAAACAAGGAGCAGCUUCAGAGAGUUCUCUCCUUUUCCGUUGGAACGGUGGCAUCAAAGAUAACUGGAGAAAACUGUAUGAUCGCGUCUCUUCUCAUCAGGGCAGCCAAAUACAUCAGAAGUAUUACCUCGAUUGGAAAACUUGUCUUGCAAGUCUCGCAGACCACACAGGGAUUGAUUCGAGUUUGCAAAAAGCAAUUACUGCUGAAGUAGCUAAAUGGCGUGAAAUUCUCCGAGGGAUUUUAGACGUAACACUGUUUUUAGCUUCACGCAACUUAGCAUUCAGAGGCCAAAGCAGUUCCGUGAUUGACGAGCAAGGAAACGGCAACUUUAUCGGAGCGCUUCAAAUGAUUUCAAAGCACAACCAUGUUAUUAAACACCAUCUCGAAAACGUUGCUCGUCAUCAGCAGGAGGGUUCGAGAAUGCAGGCUCAUUACCUCUCUUGGCAAUCUCAGAACGAGUUUAUAAAAGAGUGCGCCUCUAUCGUCAAAGAAUCCGUCUUGAAAGAAAUCAAAGCAUCCAUCUACUACACGAUCAUCACUGACGGGACGCCGGAUGAAUCCCACACUGAGCAAAUCACUUUUGUCCUUCGCUUUGUUUUCUUCAAAACGGAUGAGAAGAAGUGGGAAAUAAGGGAGCGUUUUCUAGGAGUCGAAGAUAUGGAGAAAAAGAAGGGUGUCGACAUUGCUAAUCUGAUUUUUGACGUCCUUGCCAGAGAGAAGAUAGAUCUGCAAAACUGCAGAGGACAAGGCUAUGACAAUGGCUCUAAUAUGGCAGUGUAUGUUCCCUGUAGCGCUCAUAGCUUAAAUCUAGCUGGAGUUCAUGCCGCUGAAUCAUCCGCAGAAAUGAAGACUUUCUUCGGAAAUAUUCAAGCGCUUUACGUGUUCUUCAGUUGCAGUCCUGCUAGAUGGAAAAUAUUGCUAGAAUCAACCGGAAUAUCCCUUCACAAGCUAUGUGACACUAGAUGGUCAGCGCGCAUCGACGCAGUCAAACCCUUGGCUAAGAGACCGCGAGAAAUCAUCACGGCACUUGACUAUUGUGUCGAUAAACUCGACCUCACUGGCGAAAUGGUCAAUCAAGCCAAAUCCUUAAAGAAAUGGUUAAAAUCUUUUGAUACGGUGGUCCUUCUUACUGUAUGGCUCAAGACGCUUCAAGCGGUGGACGACGUCAGUCGUCUCUUGCAAUCUAAUUCAAUUGCAAUUGACGACGAAAUUAUCCUCAUCAAUCAGCUAUUAGAUGAUUUGGGCCGCAUUCGUUCGUCAUGGAACGAACUUUUGUCAGAAGCAAAAUUGGUGGCCGAAUCUCUCGGUUUUGAAAAGGACUUUGAAGUCAAACGAACAAGGAAAACAAAAAGGCACCAUGAUGAACCUCCGAAUACAGCCUACUUCCACGACGGCGCAGAGAAGAAGUUCGAGGUGAGUGUUUUCAACGUUGGAUUGGAUCAUCUUAUACAACAAAUCCGAUCAAGAUUCGAAGUCGUUAAAGAGGUUUAUGCUAGAUUUGAUUUCAUAUGGUCAUUGACUGAUGAUAUUGUUGCUCAAGAACGAAAAGCCCGUGAGCUUGCCAAGUUCUACUCUACCGACGUGAAUGAAGAAGAUCUUGUGGCAGAAAUUCGUCACUUUGAUCGCGUGAAAGGGGCCCUGUUUAAUCCUGGCAACUCAUUGAAUCUCCUCAAUCAGAUCUUUUCUAAGGGGCUAGAACCCAUGUUUCCAUCGAUCUGCAUCCUUCUGCGGAUUUUCAAUACGAUGUCAGUCUCUGUCGCCGAGGGAGAAAGGUCAUUCAGCAAAAUGAAAAUCAUCAAGAACUAUUUUAGAGCGACCAUGGGACAGGAAAGGCUUUCGAGCCUUAUGAUGUUAUCUAUUGAAAACGAUUUGGCCAGAUCCGUGUCGUAUGAAGAAGUAAUUUCAAAUUUCGCGUCGAGGAAAGCUCGCAAAAUAUGCCUUGCAUAA